AUGUCGGACGACGAGUUUUCCAUCGAUGGUCCGUCCGGCCUAGCCGCCUCGUCCGAUCGCGACAAGCGUGCGCCGCGCUUCAGCUGGACCCCAGCCUACGAGGCUACCUUCUUUCGCGCCCUCUGCGAGGCCGUCCAGCUUGGCCUGCGCGAGAACCACAGCUUUAAAGCAGAGGCCUGGGAUCGCGCCGCCGCCGCUCUGCAGGAGAAGCACGCCGCCUAUCCGACCAAGAACCACCUUGUCAACAAGUCCGAUAAUGCGCGGAAGAAGUUUCGUCUGUGGAGAGGUCUGCGCGAAGACCCCGAGUUCCUCUACAAUCCCAAUACGCGAACUGUCACGGCGACUGAGGAGGCAUGGAGGUCACAUAUCGAGGCCAUGGACAUCUUCUUCCGCGACUUUGCCGACGAAGACAUGGACCUUCAGCUAAAGAUUGCCGAGAAGGCCCUCGCCGACGAGAACAAGGCCAUGGUCUUCUGUAAGAUGCCCGCCACGUUGCGGAAGCACUGGGUCAAGCGCCUGCGCGAGGUGCACAACAACCGCGUGACGUGA